GAAACUUGAACGCUAGGUGUAGAGUAGUGUAGUGUGUCAAACCAAAGCCUGAAUUACCGGGAAGCAAAAUAAAACGAUUAGUUUUGCAAACCAACAGAAGUCGUUGAAAUCACAGAAAAGAGACGAUAAUCUACUUUAUUAACUGGCAGAAAACUGCAGCUCAUCCAUCCAUUCUCUUUGGCUCUUUGACAAUGGGGUGAUUAAGUUUUGCUUCCUCCAUCCUCUACUCAGCACUUCUCUGAUUUAAACCCUCAACACACCACACCUCCCUUCCUCUAAUGUCAGAUAAUUCAGACCCAGACUGCAGCUCCAUGGCUAAGGGGGCCUCAGGGUGCAGGUCCAUGCCCAAGGGGGGCUCAAGGUGCAGCUCCAUAGCCCAGCUUCAUUGUAGGAGCAGCUAUAGCCAGGUUGGUCCAGGCCUGGGUCUAGCCUCAGAAGGCAGUGACAGCAGUUGCCAGGACCCCUCGGCCUCACCCCACAUUGGCCGUAGGAGCGCCUGCUCACGUUCCUUCCACGACGACGUGGACAUGAAGAGCAGUGGAUCCAGCGGGACCGAGUCACACGGCAACGAGAGCCACGGAAGCCAUGGAAACGAGAGUCACGGCAAUGAGUCAACGGGUAGCUCCAAUGGCAACAGCAGAGACUCUGCUCUCCUGGAGUCGUCUGGGAGCAACAAGCGCUCUAACUCCCACAGCCCCUCUCCUCCCAGUAGUUCCAAUGCUUUCAGCCUGCUGAGUUCUGAGCAGGACAACCCCUCCACCAGCGGCUGCAGUAGUGAGGAGUCAGCUAAGGCCAAGACCCAGAAGGAGCUUCUCAGGACCCUGAAGGAGCUCAAGCGCCACCUUCCUGCUGACAAGAGGAACAAGGGCAACAACAGCUCCCUCAACACUCUGAAAUACGCCCUGCGCUGUGUCAAACAGGUGGAAGCCAAUGAGGAGUACUACCAGCUGUUGAUGACCAAUAGCAGUCAGCCAUCCGGCCUGGAUGUGUCCUCUUACACCAUCAAGGAGAUAGACAGCAUCACCUCAGAGUACACCCUCAAAAACAAUGACAACUUUGCGGUUGCGAUAUCUCUGAUCACGGGGAAGAUUGUCUACAUCUCAGACCAGGCUGCCUCUAUCCUCAACUGUAAAAGGGGUGUCUUCAAGGACGCUAGGUUUGUGGAGUUCCUGACUCCCCAAGACGUCAGUGUUUUCUACAGCUUCACCACACCCUACCGCCUGCCCUCCUGGAGCAUGUGCCCCGGAGCAGAGUCCUCCUCGUCGGAUUGCAUGCAGGAGAAAUCCUUCUUCUGUCGGAUCAGUGGGGGUAAGGAGUGUGAGGGGGACCUGCAGUACUCCCCGUUCCGUAUGACCCCCUUCCUGAUGAAGGUGCAGGACAAGGUCCAUUCUGAGAACCAGCUCUGCUGCCUCCUACUGGCUGAAAGGUUGCAUUCCGGAUACGAGGCUCCCAGAAUUCCUAGCGACAAGCGCAUCUUCACCACCACACACACUCCUAGCUGUGUGUUCCAGGAUGUGGACGAGAGGGCUGUUCCUCUCCUUGGUUACCUCCCCCAGGAGCUGAUUGGCACCCCAGUCCUUCUUCUCAUGCACCCCAAUGACAGGCAGAGCAUGUUGGCCAUUCACAAGAGGAUCCUUCAGUAUGCUGGCCAGCCGUUCGACCACUCCUCCAUCAGGUUCUGCACACGGAACGGAGAGUACGCCAUCAUCGACACCAGCUGGUCCAGCUUUGUCAAUCCCUGGAGCUGUAAGGUCUCUUUCAUCAUCGGGAGGCACACAGUCCGCAUGGGCCCGGUGAAUGAGGAUGUGUUCGAGGCCACGCUCCCUGCCCUCAUGGAGACCAAGAUCAUGGACUCUGAAGUCCAGGAGAUCACUGAGCAGAUCCACAGACUGCUACUACAGCCGGUUCACAGCACUAGCUCCAGUGGGUACGUGGGAAGCAACGACCACCUUGCAGCAUCCCAGGGAAAGACCAGCGAGAGCAACACACAUUCAACCAGAGACAUCAACAGCAAUGGUAGCAGCCCAAGCAGGACACGCAUCGAGGAGGAGGGGGAAAGCAGCUGGGCCAAACCUCAGAGGUCAUUCCAGGGGAUCUGUAAAGGAAUCCACCCCCAGAACAGUCAGGAACAACAAAUCUACAAAGCCUCCUCCUCAGCCAGGUCUGAGACCAAGAAGAACCCUGGCAAGUUCCUCCAGAAGAGUCCCGCAGCGGUCCGUCUCAAGGACACUGCAGCACCCGUGGCACCUCUGAGCUGGAGGGACAGUGGGGCCACCCCCCUGGAGAACUGCAGGCCUGCAGUACAGGAGGAGCAGCUGGCCGUCAACGACCAGGCGGUCUACUCCUACCAACAGAUCAGCUGUCUGGACAACGUCAUCAGAUAUCUAGAGGGCUGUAACAUUCCCAUCGCUAUGAAGAGGAAGUGCCACUCUUCUGACAACACUUCCUCAGACGAGGACAAGCAGAAAGGAGGGGACAACCGCAUGCAGAUAUCUGAAGAGAUCAUUGAGGAUGUAUCUGGUGGUGGGGAGGCGGUGGAGCGGGUCAGCCAGACUCCUGGGCCUCCUCCUAGUGCUGUUUCACCUCCCAGCCUGCAGAGGGAGCCCUAUAAGAAGCUGGGUCUGACCAAGCAGGUCCUAGCAACCCACACCCAGAGAGAGCAGCAGGCCUUCCUGUGCCGCUUCAAGGAGCUUCAGGGAGUCCAGGUCUUCCAGGCGAACUGUUCCCAAUACCUGGAGCGCCAGAAGGGACAAGGUGCCACUGAUGCUGUGCUCACUGUGCGCCCAUGCAGGCAGGCCGAACCCGCUGCCCGUAGAAGCGGACGCAACAAGAAGACCAAGUCCAAGUGGGUAAAACAGAACGAGUCCCAUAGGAAGAGACAGCAGCAGCCCCGACCCCACCUCCUCUAUCAGGGCCUCAACCAGACUUCCUGGUCCCCCUCCAACUCCUCCCAGUCCACCUUGCCGCCCCUGGCCUACCCCAACAUAGUGCCAGCCUUCCCUCUCCAGGUCUACCCCGGGGUGGGCACCAUGGCUGGAACCAUGCCUACCAGCCCUGAGAAUUCAAUGCCAGGCUUCGGCGACAGUCAGUGCAACCAGGAUCCCCAGUGCCCGGCACCAAACAUCCAGCACUCCCCCUUCUCUACUCCCAUGGUGACCCCUGUGGUGGCUCUGGUUCUCCCCAACUACAUGUUCCCUCAAAUGGGGAGCGGGGCUCCAGGACAGCAGCCUUUUUACCAGGUCGAGACGGCAGGCUACUCCUCCCAGCCACAGCCCUUCCUCCCACAGACAUCCCUCACCUUCCCUGCCCAGGGUCCCUUCCUGGCACAGCCGCAGCCUUUCCCCCUACAGACAUCUCUUCCCUUCCCACCACAGUCAUCCUCCACCAUCCAGGCCCAGUUCCCGGGCCAGAACCCUUUAGUCCCCCAGACAGGCUUCCCAAUUCCCACCCAGCCUUUCUCUUCCAUGGCCAUGGAGCCCCCCAAGCCUUCUGGGGAAACCACCCAGUCUCGGGGCUCCACACCUGGGUCCAUGGAUGGCAGGGACCAAGUGCCCUCCCCUCCAGUGUUCCAGUCACCAUGCAGCUCACCCCUGCAGCUCAACUUAUUGCAGCUGGAGGAGACACCAUGCUCCCUGCAGAGGCAGCACAGCAUGGUGGUAGCGCCCUCCAGUGGUGCUCCCCCGGGGAAUAACACCUUCCGCGAUAAGAGAAGGAGUGUGGUCUGCCAAGCCAUGGAGAAGAUCACGCUUCUGCAGGUGAAUUCGCCAGGCGACGGUAAUCCUAGCGACAUGCUUGACAUCCGGCUCCAUUCAGACUCUCACUCAGCCACGUCAGGGUCCCUGGGUUCAAGGUCUAAUGACUGUGGAACCUCAGCUAGAACGUCUAACAGUGGAAGGUCUAAUAAUAGCAGGACUUCGGGAUGUAGAAAGUCAGCUAGUGGAACGUCAACUAGUGGUGUAUCUGGCAAUGGCACAGUAUGCAGCAGCCACACCAGCAAAAAGAUCAGAAACUACUUUGGCAGCGUGGAUUCCUCCCGGAACAGCAGCCAGAAGGUCAAAGGGCACUCCACCGGCUGCGAUAGUGGGAGAAGCAGUAGUGUCAUGGAGGUGCGGCCAAUGGAGAUGGAGCAGGGCCAACAUGACAAGGGCAUCGAGAGGUUGCUCAGAGAGGACAGAGAGAGGCUGCGUGGGAUGCAGAAGAGUCAGCCGUGCUUCACUGGGGAGCAGCAGAGGGAACUGGUAGAGGUCUACCCCUGGAUGAGGAGUGGAGGGCUGCCCAAGGUCAUGGACGUCAAGGCCUGUGUGUGCUUUGAGGAGGAUGCUCCAGAGGCAGUGAUGUCUGAGGAGCAGCCUGACCUAGACAUGGGAGACACAGGGACUGAGACAGGCGAGGUCAGCCCCUCCAGGAAGCCCGGCGAGGAGCCCUUAAACACAGACACCUGCCCUUGUCCCUCUUCUGGCCUUGGAUCAUCAUAGCCACAUCCACACCCUGAAUCCACCCAUCGCUGUUGAUUGUAACAUCAGCACUUCCUCCCAAGACUCGUUCUCAAGCGACAUCAAUUAUUGACCGGGUCCCACCCUCAGACCAACAGCUGUCCCUGACCAGGGAAUUACCAUAUUGGACUAUCUAGUACUGCAUGUGUCCUGCUGGUGGUACACACCUUUUCUACAACCAGCUAAACCGUAUGGAAACUCUGCUACAGCCUGAGAGACCAACGGCCCACCUGGUCAAUUCAUUUUCUGUGUGUGAAUGUGUGAGAGAGAGAAAAAGAAGAUGAGAUUGAGGUUAGGCAGGUAGCCUAGCGGUGGGCAGCUAGCCUAGCACUCGGCCAGUAACCGAAGGUCGCUGGUUUGUAUCGGCGAGCCGAAUGGGUGAAAAAGCUAUCGAGGUGCCUUUGAGCAAGGCACUUAACCCUAAUUCCUUUUGUAAGUCACUCUGGAUACGAGUGUCUGCUAAAUUACUAAAAUGUCAACUCGGUGAGUUCCAGUGUGUGCAAAACACUGUUUUUUCAAUUCCAUCCAUCUCUUUUCCUGUGUUGUAUCACUGAUUAAAAGUAAUGCUUUCACUGAA